CGAACCGCUGCUGCGUAAAUCAACAGUCACUGCAGUAUAUGCAUAUCCAAACAUACAAAUACAUACUCACACUUCCGAAUGCGCGCGUAACGUGUAAGGAAUUUGCGUCUUCAAAAUCAACAGUUGAACGAUUUUUGAGCAGCAAAUUGAGAAGUCGAAGGUUGUGAAAUGAGCUCAAACAGUUUUGAGUCUUCUUUGAAAACAAAGUCAAAGGUAAUUGACCAGUCCAAUGAGUUGAAAGUUCAAUUGAAUCUGUUUUCGAACAAAAUUAUCAUUAUCGUAUCCUACAAUGGAGAAAUUGAUUCAGCCUACCAUUUGAAGAUUCCAAACUCAGCUUCCAUAUCCUCCUACAGUUCAUUGGAUUAUGACUACUUGAGAAAUGAUAAUAAUGAUGGUUCCUCUGACGAUCUUGACGCUUUAAAUGAGGAUUUCAAUUAUAUAUCGAUAAACACAAUGCCAGUUUGUCUAAUGGGCGAUCCAACAAAUCUUAAAUUACAAAUUUUGUCAACCCAAGUUUUAAAAUUAAUGAUAUCUCUAAAUAAGAAUGAGUCAAGAAAUAUUAUAAUUCAAUUGAGUUCAAAAAUAUUCAAGGGCUCAUAUAAAAACAAAAAUGAUGUUACUGAAAUGGAUUUUGAUGUCUUAUAUCAAGUUUUGGAUCUAUUUAAACAGUGCUAUUUAUCAAAAUAAUUAUUACUUUUUGAUUAUUAUUGUAAUUAAAAUUUUCUAUUUUUGAUUUUCGGUAAAUAUUAUAUAUACUAUAUCUUUUGGUUUUUAAUAAAAAAAAAGGUUAUAAGACAAACCAAACUGCUCAAUUCAUUGGAUAAUUUUUCUAUUUCAGCUCUAACGCUAGAUUUUUGAAUCAUGAGCAAAACUAUCACUCAAAAAUAACAGAAAGAUGAAAAUGGCACUAUUAAUAAAAAUAUUAUAAAAAGAAAAAAAAGUAAAAUUGAAACUUGAAAAGAGAAAUAACUUAGAAGUCAAUUAAUCAGAAUCACCAAAAAUACUAAAAUACUAAAAU